AUGGAGGAUCAAGAUAACGCAGCUGCAGAGCAGAACAACGACAGCACAGGAGGAGAGUCUGAAAACACGUCUGAAACACCUCCCAUCAAUGAGAGAAUGGCUCCUAAUCUCACACUUGUACUAAUUGGUGACCCAGAUUCCACUGAGAUCGGACCAAAGAACAUUUUCCUUGACCAUGACGACCAAACAAAUGUGGAACCAUUUUCCUCCAAUCUGUAUAAUCUGUGUGGUCGACACGUCUAUGUCAUUAACAUGCUCGGUCUACAAACAAAGAAAAUCCCUUUAAAUCAGGGAGUUCAUGCCUUUGUCUUACUAUUACCCAACACUCUGCAUAGCAGCCAGUACAGCUCAGGAGUGCAGUGGUUAGAGAGAACAUUUGGGAUUGGAGCACUUUGCUAUUUAAUCACAGUGGUAACUCACGAACCAGGUGAAACAUGUGAAAGUGCAUUAAAGGAGCUGAAAACUAACAUAGAGUUUAAUGAAAAAAGGUUCCACACAUGUAUCAGAAGUAUGAUGGAUGAAAAAGAUGUAGCAAAUUUGUUAGAAAAAAUAAAUGUCAUGGUCUCUGAAAAUGAUCCACAAAGCUACACUGGACUGAUGUGUGCUGAAGAUAAAGACCAAGAAGGACACCUGGAGGACAAAUCCCACAGAGAAGAAAGGAAAAACUCAACAAACGAAAGAGGUACCUGCCUGUCAGUUCUUAAAACAAACUCUUGCACUCAGCAGUGGGCUAACCUGUGA